UGCAUUUCGCUCAACAGCCCCGGUCAUUCUUCCUCGAGGAAACAAAGGUAGCAUUCACACUCUCACUGCUGACGGGCAAGGCUGCCGUCUGGGGGACGGCGGUGUGGGAAAACAAGGACAUCUGCUGCUCCUCGUUCUCCCUGCUAUCCGAGGAAAUGAAGAGGGUAUUCGAUCGCUCCGUCGUCGGGAAAGAAGCCGCCCGACUCCUCACUGAGCUCUGGCAGGGGGAGCGGUCUGUAUCGGACUAUGCCAUCGAGUUCCGGACCCUGGCGGCGGAGUGCAGGUGGAACGAGGAGGCGCAGUGGGACCAUUUCCUGCAUGGGUUGGCGGACCGGAUCCAGCGAGAGAUCGUCACGGCGGAGUUACCGACCUCUCUCAACAGGCUGGUGGAUUUGGUGAUCCGGGUCGACGCACGACUGUCCAUGGCAGCCAGAAGGAAGUCUUCCACCACGUCCCAGCAGCGUACUGAACUGUUCAACCUUCCCAGCGAAGUCUCCACCGGCAUUCUCUCAGAUCUAGAGCCCAUGCAGGUGGGUCGAGCUCGGCUAUCCCGGGAGGAGAGGAAUAGGCGGAGAUCCCAAGGAUUGUGCAUGUACUGUGGAGAGCCGGGUAAUCAAUGCCAGAGGUGCCCGGUAAAAGACCAAGCCCGGUAGUAAAACAGAGGCUACUAUCGGGCGGGAUCUCUGCUCACAAGACCUCGACAACAUCCACUCUCCUUCCGGUGAGACUACGGUGGUCCACCAAGUCACACAUCGGUCACGCACUUCUGGACUCCGGGGCGGAGGGCAAUUUCAUCGACAGUUCCCUCGCACGUAAGCUUCAGAUUCCAUUCAAACCACUUACCCACCAGAUUGCGCCCUUCGCCCUCAAUGGACAUCAGCUUCCCACCAUCAAGCACACCACCGCUCCUGUCACACUCAUCACCUCUGGCAACCACACCGAGAAUAUCUAAUUUUUCAUCACUGACACUUCUCUCUCCCCCAUUGUUCUCAGACAUCCUUGGCUCCACUCCCAUAAUCCCAAAAUUGACUGGAAACUGGGUUCUGUUACUAGCUGGAGCGAGGAGUGUCAUAAGUCCUGUCUUGUCUCUGCCUGUUUAACUGUUUCUGAGUCUGUGUUUCAGGGGGAAGCAGUGGAUUUGUCUAACGUGCCCGCGGAGUACCACGACCUGAAGGAGGUGUUCAGUAAGUCUCGGGCUGAUUCUCUUCCUCCUCAUCGUCCCUAUGACUGUGCUAUAGACUUAUUGCCAGAUUCUCACUCUGUGUUCCGCUCCCGUGUGGCGUGGUUGUUUCGUGUCUGUUGGAUUACGUGUCUCAGUUGGAUUGUGUAUUGUCGUCGUCUUCGUGUGGGUGUUCCCGUGUUCAGCCUGGAUUGCACCACUGCUCACCACUCCACCAACGCCGCACUUAAUACCAUCAUCACCAACUUCCACCGUAGUCUACGCCACCAUUGCCAUCAACCCCGGACUGUGCUACUUCCGCAUUGACUUUGCUUUCUCUCUCUUUGUUUAUAUAUUUAAUAAACAUUGUCAUAUUUCACUUGCAUUUGCUUCCGCGCAUUUCGUGUCAUUACAGAUGGUCAAUUGAACAACAAGGUCACAUUGCAACUCAAUGUGUUUUGUGUCGUCCUGAGUUUGUUCUUAAAAGCUAGUCUGGCAUGACCAUUCUCUACAAGAAUGCAAGUCUGUUCUUUGAAUUCUUAGAAUUUAGAAACAUUCAGUGUGUCUAUUUUAUGUCUUUGUCACUGUUAGGUUGGAGAGAGGAAGUUUCAGGUGAAAUCUUCCACAUCAGGACACACUUAUACAGUGGACAUGGAGUUGGAGCUCUGCACAUGCCCAGCUGGCCAUAGCGGGGCACCAUGUAAACACCAAGCAGCAAUAGUACAAAAUUACAACAUCACCUCUAUCAACUUUCUCCCCACAACAGCUGAAAUGAGGGCUGAUCUGCUGAAAAUAACAAAAGCCUCAGUUUCUCUUGACUUCCUGAGUCCUUUACGGCAAAAAAUGCCUAUGUCAAGCACAUUAGCUCCAGAUGUGCCUCCAAGACAAGAAACCUGCAAUACUGAUCAUCAGUACUAUCUUAGUGCUCAAGAUGAUGUAGACCAUCAGCUGGCCGUGUCUACCUUCAGCUCUGCACAAUUACCCUCAGUGUCACCUACUCCAGAAAACUCAAACUCCAACCUACCCUGUGUGCAGAGUAAUUCAAAGAGUGCAUCUUUACCUCAGUCUCCUGUAAGACGGAUGCUAAGACUGCUCGGUGAACUGUCUGAAAACUCUGACUACAAUGAUGCCAUGAACACAAUGGCCAAGCAGCUUGAAAAGAUGCAGCACAACCCGAGCCAACUGAUCUCUGCAUUUUGCUGUUUUAGAAAAGGAAUGUCAGUGUCAAAGCGUGCAGCAGCAUUAAGACGAGCUGCUAGACGACCAGGACCUAUUAUUGGCUGUCAGCCAACAGCAGUGGCCCGAAGGACAAAUAAGUUUGGUUCUAAGCGGCGUUUGACAGCUGGACGACCCAGGAAAAUUUGUUCUGGUUCAGAGCAUGACUACAGCAGACAUACAGGAAAAGGGGGGAAAAGGGCUGUCAGGGUUCGCCACAGAUUGUCAGAAUCUGUGGCAAUGAAUUACUCACAUCAACACUAAAAUAAUAUUUGUAUGUGGAAUUUGCGUUGAUGGGUUAAGUGUUUCUAAUUAGUUUUUCCUGAAUGUUUCAAAAUGUUAAUUAGUAAAUUAGUUAAUGCAAAUACAGUAUUAUUAAUGAAUUCUAUAAAUGAGUGCUUUCAGGUUAUAAAGCCAUAUUAAAAUCAUAUUCGGACUCUUGUUUACAGUAAAGGAUGAGUGAAAAUACAUUCUCUUUGUGCAAUAAGUGUUUUUAUAGUAGUUGUAUGUAAAAAUUGUCUUUGUGUACAGUGGCAGUUUUGUGUUUUAUCCAUUUAAUAAAAAUGUUUUUAUAUGAGUAGUAGUUAUUACAUUAGUGCAAAUAAAGGUGUGCUUUCGAGUUAUGGGGUACUUGGAUGACAAAGGCCUAUGCUGACUGGUCUUUGCAGUGUCCCUUCAAAUUGAACCCAUCUGAUUUCUUUUGAAUUCUAGACUUAGACUGCAUUAUAAUAAGGUACUAUUGUUUACAGCGCUAUAUUAACUCUCAUAUCCAAAUUUUAACAAUGAUUUAAGUUAAAUAAAUUUACGCCCACAUUACUCACAUUUAAGAGGCUCACAAUUUAGUCAAACUUUACCUGCACAAUGUUAAAACAAACUACAAGGACAAAACAUAACUCUUUGAUUGAAUAUGACUGAAAACAAAACUAUUAUUUUUAAAUAUUUUUGAAUGUAUUUUCUUGUUGACUACUUUCAAGACUCUGAUAAGGUUAGGAUACUUUUCAGAAUAUUUAUUGUGUAUGAAUAUUUUUCUUUUGUACAGUAAACAAAUCUCAAUGUUAA